AUCUCUAAUGAAUACUGUAUAUCCAUUUUGUUUGCAUAAAAUCGAUAAAACGGCACCGCAUCCAUGACAACAAAUCCAAAAGAAAUUUAAUACAAACAUUAAUAAAUUAAUUAUUGUUAAAAGGUUUUCGUUUGUUUUAAGUGAAAUUGGAAAGAAUAAUGUCCCAGAACGACGAUAAUUCUUGGGUUUUCGAUUCUCUGGUGGCCUUCUUGAACGGCCCAAUAUGGAACGCGCCCCUGCAAAGUUUUAUCGAAGAAAAGUCUCUAAUUUUUGAGCCAAAUGAUACGCAACAUGAGGGUUACAAGGCCAUCUUUGACGAGUUUAAGAACCUGGUUGACUUUAUGCUAGGGAACUUUAUGGAGGACAUAGGCAUAAGCUCCGAACAGUUCCAAGAGGCUUGCACCGAAGGCAAAAAGUAUCACAUGUCCUUCGACAACACUUUAUUUGAACAAAUCUGGGCGGCAAACGAUUUUAAAAUGUUCGUCAAAAUGAUGACGCAACGAAACGUGGAACUGCAGCUGCAAGCCCUGGAACUGAUCGAGAAAAAAUAUGGAAUCAUGCCCCAAUCGUUUAUCCCGAAAACUGACGAUAAGGCUCAAGUUAAUGCGGACAGAGAGUCGAAGCUGGAAAAGGAGAUUCUGGAGGAAGUUUCCAAACGAUUUGUUGAAGAUCAAUCGGGAACGUCUACAGUUGAAAUUGAAAAUUUGAUGGAACAAAAACCCAUUUUGCAGGAGCAACUGAAAAAAACUAUUGAAUCAAUAGAAGAGCCAUUGGCAGAAUCUUGUAAACAAGAGGAUGAAACAUCUUUAAAAAAACAAGCUAAUGUCAUUGAAGUCAACAAAGAAAUUGACGCUUUGGAACUGAAAAAACGCCAAGAAUACCUGAGAGCGCAACGCGACAAACUGGUGGCAAUGAAAAAGGAAGCGAGACAAAAACAACUUAACGGAAACAGCUCUAAAGCGAAAAAUAACAGACCGAAGUCAGCGAAAGCUGCCGAAGCUGUUUUAACUGGGGGCAGCAUCGGAGCCGGUCAGCUUCAGUUGCGGAAAACCUUAGCUGAGCGAUUGAAGGCGGAAGUAGUCGAUAAAAAUCAAAAGUAAAUUCUUAAUUAAGAAAUAUAUUCUAUGUUUUGUUGCUUUAUAAUAUGUAAGAUUUAGAAAUAAAAACAUUUGUUUAAAAGA